AUGUGGGACAAAGAGCAACUAGAGCUCCCCAGCGAUGGGCACAUCCCACCUCCCCUCUUCUCGCCCUCUGAUUCCAGCUCAGAACUUGGCGCUGGGGCGCCCGGCCAUGCAGUCCUCCACAUUCCAGGUGUGGCUGGAAAGGCCAUGGAUGGAAAAUGCGAUGGGAAGUGGGAACAAGGCUCCUGCACCCACACCCAGCUGGACACAGAGCCGUGUUGGAGGGUGGACUUGGGCAGUCGUCAGUCUGUCUCUGUGGUGAUGGUGAAGAACAGAGAAGACGAAUGCUGUGGGGAGAGACUCAGGGGGGCCCAGAUCCGCGUGGGAGACACCCUGGCUGACCUCGGAAAGCACAACCCCCGUGAGUUGCUUCCCCAGCUCCCGGACUGCGCCGCCAGCGGCAGUGCGGAAGAGAGGGUCGCAAUACACCACGCCACCCUUACACUUGAAUACAUCUGUCUAGUUUUGUUUUCUUGGCUUCCUCUCUUUUUUAGCUGUGGGAACAUCACUGACACCAGACCGGAAUCCAUCAGCACCAUCUGGUGCAAUGGGCUCGAGGGCCACUACGUCACCAUCGUCAUCCCGGGCAGGGCGGAGUAUCACCUGUGUGAGGUUGAGAUCAUAGCUCAGGGCUGUGCCCCACCGCCAGGGGGUAAGGAGCUGUAACAACAUGAAUGGAAACUUGUUCCCCUUUAUGUUAUACCCCCAUUCCCUUCUGCCUCAGCUUCUGCCUAGUGAGACAGCAGAAACCCUGGGACACUCUUCCCUUCCCACCACUGACCUGGCAGGGGCUCCAGCUGGAGGAGGCAGACGGGGGAGGCUCCAUCUGAACAUCAUGCACCAUCCCUGCCUUGGGGAGCAGCUCCAGCUGGGUAUGGGUCAUGGGGGCAGCUACAAGAGGAUAUCAUAUGUCCAGGCUGACACCCCAGCACCGACCUGCUGUCACUCCUGUCCCCUGGGGCCAUGGCUCCCUCUAUGAACCUGGCUCUCAUGUAGUGGCUGGUUUGUGUGCCAUUGCCAGGAAGCAGCUCUGGCUCCAUGUGGGAUAG